GAGCAACACAUGGCUUAAGUAUAAUGUGGCCUGUCUCUGUUCCUUAUCUCUUUACUUGCACACUCUCCAGGUCCCUCACUGCCCUCAUUGGACCUCUCUCUCUUCCUCUCUCGUGUUUAAAUUCUUCUCCUCUGUUUCUCCUUUGUUUCCACACUUUUGUUUACUAAUUCUAACACCAAUAAUUUCAUUCCAUACCAAUAACCACAAACCAACCGACCAAAGGAAAAAAACCAUUCUUGAUUAUGAAGAGAAGCCAUCAAGAAACUUCUCUAGAAGAAGCUCAUUCAAUGGGCAAGAAGCUAGAAGACGACAACAUGGACGAGUUUCUGUCUGCUAUAGGGUACAAAGUUCGAUCUUCCGACAUGGCGGACGUUGCACAGAAGCUUGAGCAGCUCGAAGUGGUUCUGUCCAGCGAUGACGUUCUUGUCUCUAACGCAUUAAACGACACCGUUCAUUACAAUCCCUCUGAUCUCUCCAGCUGGGCCGAGACCAUGCUCUCCGAGCUUAACUACUACCUGCCUUCUCCGGAUCUCAACCCGACCCUGAUGUACAACCCGAGAUCAGAGGACGACGAGUGCUGCAGCACCACCACCACCACCAACAACAACAAGAGGAUCCGACGACUCGGUCCCUGGUGCGACUCGCUGAGCAGCGAGUCAACUCGUCCCGCGGUGAUGCUCGGCGUCAACUACUCGCAGGAGACCGGAGUCAGGCUCGUCCAGGCCCUGGUGGCAUGCGCCGAGGCGGUCCAGCAGGAGAAUCCGAUCCUCGCCGACGCGCUCGUGAAACGCGUGGCAUCGCUCGCGGCUUCUCAGGCGGGAGCGAUGGGGAAAGUCGCCGCCUACUUCGCCGAAGCGCUCGCUCGUAGGAUCUACCGGAUCCACCCUCCCUCCCCCGCCGCCGCCUCCGUCGCCGACGAUCCUUCCUUCGAGGAGAUUCUCCAGAUGCACUUCUACGAGUCUUGCCCUUACCUGAAGUUCGCGCAUUUCACGGCGAACCAGGCGAUUCUAGAAGCAGCCGCGACGGCGCGUGGCGUGCACGUGAUCGAUUUUGGGCUCGGCCAGGGGAUGCAGUGGCCGGCGUUGAUGCAGGCUCUAGCUCUCCGUCCCGGCGGUUCUCCGUCGUUCCGUCUCACCGGCGUCGGAGGUGAUGGGUUUCAGCAGCUAGGUUGGAAGCUAGCUCAGCUGGCUCAAGCCAUCGGCGUCGAAUUCGAGUUCAAAGGUCUAACCGUAGAGAGUUUAACCGAUCUCGCCGGAAUGUUCGAGACCCGACCGGAAUCAGAGACUGUAGUGGUUAAUUCGGUAUUCGAGCUCCAUCCGCUUUUAGCUCGACCCGGUUCGAUCGAAAAGCUGUUGGAGACGGUUAAGGCGGUUAGACCGAGCAUCGUAACGGUGGUGGAGCAAGAAGCGAACCACAACGGCGCCGUUUUCUUGGAGCGGUUCAACGAGGCGCUCCACUACUACUCGAGCCUGUUCGACUCGCUCGAGGACGGGGUCAUGAUACCGAGUCGAGACCGUCUCAUGUCGGAGGCUUACUUAGGGAGACAGAUCCUGAACGUCGUUGCUGCGGAAGGAACCGAUCGGAUCGAGAGGCACGAGACGAUGGAUCAGUGGAGGAAACGGAUGGGAUCCGCCGGGUUUGACCCGGUUAGUCUCGGAUCGGACGCGUUUAAGCAAGCGAGUUUGUUGCUGGCGCUGUCCGGCGGCGGAGAUGGGUAUAGAGUGGAGGAGAACGAGGGGAGUCUAAUGCUUGCGUGGCAGACGAAACCGCUUAUCGCUGCAUCGGCGUGGAAAGUCAGUGACGUGGCGGCGGAGUGGCGGCGGUAGAGGAUUACGACAUAAGUUGUCAGAACUUAAAAACAUAUAAUAAAAAAAUUUGCAAAAUCGUGACCUUUAUGUUCUUGUUUUACUGUGGCUUACCCCAUAAUUUCGUUUUAUGACUAUUUCGCCUAUAAUUUUUCUCCCGCAUUUUCCGUA